AUGGAAAGAUGUAUUGGCAGAAUAAAAAGGUGGAGCCCAUGGGCUUUCUUGCCUCUUUUAUUUUCCACUGGAGUUGCUGCUGGCCUCAUUGUGGUAUACUUUGCUGCUGAAACACAUGGUCAAAUUGUACCCCUCAUGUCCUCACAUUAUGUACCAAACCAAAGUGCACGUCCUCCUUAUAUAAGUAUUGCUGGAAACUCCCCACCUGCCAGCUGCCUCUUCAGUCAAAUCAUGAAUCUGGGAGCAUUCGUAGGGUUCUUCAUUGGUCUUUUCCGAUACUUGCAGCUCAAGAACUCUUUGAAUAAGUCGUGGUUGAACAUAAUCUGCCUCUUUACUUUCUCCAGCGCCUGCUUUGGCAUGACACUUGUUGGAAACUUCCAAUUGUUUGUCGAGGAAGGAAUUCACAACUUUGGCACCCUGUUGACGUUCGGCCUGGGCACGCUCUUCUGUUGGAUACAGUCCUACCUCACGCUGAAUGUGAACCUUAGAAAAGAGGGAUUCAAAACAAGUAUUCUCCGUUUCCUCCUGUCAGGCGGCAUCACCCUCAGCUUCAUCAUGUAUACCACUUUAAUGGCCGUGGGUCUACAUAUGCAUGCAGCUCGCGGGCAGUGGUCCCUCGUGAUGAUGUUCCUCCUCUUCAUCGGAACGUUCUGUGUUGAAUUUCGUCACAGCUGCUUGAACUUCCAGGUCACAGACAUCAGCAGAGCUCAGCAACCUGUCAAUUUGAGCUUUACAGAAAUGUCCACACAGCCUUCAGAUGAAAACUACUGA